ACACUGAUACCUUUGAUACCUUCAUUUCAAUAGAUUUACCUUCUUUUAGGUCAAUGUUGUCCUGGGUUUGACGUUCAAGUUAGAAUCAGCUUAACCUUUCCUUAUAUACCAUUUAACAUCGCCUUGUUGGCUCAAACACGUUGAUAACUCCAUGUUCACUAUGGCACCACAUAACGAUUCUCCGUUGCCAGCAAGGAGUUCCUCAACAAAUUUUAACAUGUCUUUUCACCCCCCAUUCAACCCCACCGUGGGAAAUUCAAGCAACGCAAAUAGUAUAUAUUCUGUGGACGAAUCCCCGUACAGUACUUCACACAGUAGCGUUUCAAUAGAGGCUGAUGAUCACAUGGCCCGCCCUCUGGUUCCUGGAGUUUACGUCCCAACAGUUUGCUUCUUCGAUCCAACCACAGAAGAACUCGACAUGGAAACCAUUUCCAGUCAUGCGAUUCGUCUUGCAGAAGCAGGAGUCGCCGGGCUAGCCACUCAGGGUUCCAAUGGGGAAGCUGUUAAUCUUACUCACUCGGAGCGUCAGACGGUUACGGCAACAACUCGUGCCGCGCUCAACUCUGCCGGGUUCGCACAUCUUCCUAUCAUUGUCGGCUGUGGCGCACAAUCUGUCCGAGAAACGGUUCAAUAUUGCCGAGAGGCAUUUGCGGCUGGAGGAGAUUAUGCACUUGUUCUACCACCUUCGUAUUAUGCGCCUCUGUUUUUACCUUCCUCUGCUUCCGUUAUCGAAUUUUUUACUGCAGUAGCGGAUCAAUCUCCAAUUCCAUUAUUAAUUUACAACUAUCCAGGAGCUGUUUCCGGUAUGGAUCUUUCAUCAGACGUCAUCAUCCAAUUAUCGGCCCAUCCCAACAUUGUGGGGGUGAAGCUCACUUGUGGCAACACUGGCAAAUUGAAUCGAAUUGUGGCAGCCACAAAAACAUGCAAGCCACACUCCACCGCAUCCCCACCAUUCCUGGUCCUAGGAGGCAGUGCCGAUUUCACUCUACAAAGUCUUAUUGGCGGUGGUCAUGGGAUCCUCGCCGGGUUAGCAAAUAUUGCUCCGAAAGCAUGCAUCGAGAUCAUUAGACUAUACCACGAAGGGAAAAUUGAGGAGGCCCAGAAACUUCAGGAAGUCGUUGCUCAAGGUGAUUGGGCGGCUAUUCAGGGAGGUAUCGUGAGCACUAAGGCUGGUAUGCAGAGUUGGUUGGGCUAUGGAGGAUAUGGUCGUGCGCCAUUGCCGCAUCCCACUAGUGAUGAGAUGGCGCAAUGGAAGGAAGGCUUUCGGGAGUUGGUUACGGUGGAGAAGAACCUUUAGAUGAGGUCUUCUCUUCCUCCUUAUGAAUAGGGUGUCCGGGCUCCAAUUUUUAUGUUUCAUAUGGCUUUUGAUGCAUUGCUUCAGUAGUCGGCUCUUUUCUUUUCUUUUUUUUUGGCUUAUCGAAC